GGAAGGACUACUUAUCAAUCGGCGGAUCUCUCGCGGGUGUUGCUUGAUCUGAUAAAAACUUCAUUGUCGCGUGCCCACAUUUCGAGGUGCUUUCAGGCGCCACAAUGGGUAACAAUCCCGUCUUUGCGGUCACUGUCUUCUUCAUCUGCUUUCGAGAAUGUCUCGAAACCAGCGUCGUCGUAUCCGUUCUGCUGGCGUUCUUGAAGCAGUCGCUCGGACGGAGUGAGGACCGUCAGACCUACAAGCGAUUAGUGAAGCAGGUCUGGCUAGGAUGCGCGCUGGGACUGUUCCUCUGUCUCUGCGUGGGCGCGGGUAUGAUCGGCGCAUUCUACGGUCUGGGCACGGACACAUUCUCCAGCACGGAGGAUAUCUGGGAGGGAGUGUUGGGAAUCCUGGCUUCCAUCAUCAUCGCUGUCAUGGGUGCCGCCCUGCUGCGGGUGUCGAAGCUCCAGGAGAAGUGGCGCCUGAAGCUGACCAAGGCCCUGCAACAUCACAACAACACCAAUACCACGCGUCAGGGCCGGGUCAAGCAAUUCUUCGAGAAAUAUGUCAUGUUCAUCCUCCCGUUCAUCACGGUUCUUCGUGAAGGACUGGAGGCGGUGGUUUACGUCGGAGGAGUCGGACUGGGUCUGCCAGCCACAUCCUUCCCCCUGGCGGUCUUCUGCGGCAUCCUCGCGGGAUGUUUGGUCGGAUAUCUGAUUUUUCGAGGUGGCAGCGAAACCUCGAUGCAGAUCUUCCUGAUCAUCUCGACCUGCUUCCUCUACCUCGUCGCCGCGGGGCUCUUCUCGCGUGGAGUGUGGUACUUCGAGAACAACGCCUGGAACAACAUCAUUGGUGGAGAUGCCUCCGAGACUGGGUCUGGUCCCGGAUCGUACGAUAUCCGCAAGAGCGUUUGGCACGUCAACUGCUGCAACCCCGAGCUGGGUGGCGGUGGUGGCUGGGGUAUCUUCAACGCGUUGCUCGGAUGGACCAACUCCGCUGACUACGGGUCCGUUAUUUCGUACAAUCUGUACUGGAUCUGCGUGAUGCUCGCCUACGCCAUGAUGCUGUAUCGAGAGCGAAAGGGCGCGAUCCCCGUCAUCGACCCGAUCUUGGCGCGGUAUAAGGCGUUCAAGGCUCGGGUCAAGGCUGCCAUUCUUCGCAGGCCGGUUGAGGACGAGGACAGUGGCCCGGUGGAGCCGCUGGAAAUGGCGCAGAGUAACAGGAUGAAGGAGAUCAUAGCUGGUGUUGGGGUGAGGGAAGCGGAGGCUUAGUUAGGGCUUGGUCGUAGAAAAACUCGAGAGACUCGGAACAAGGACGAGCGAUUGGUUAGAGGCAGGCGACCUGAACAGAUCAUACCCCAACGCUGGUGAAUAGAAUCAACCAGCAGCAGUGCAUUACUGUAGUGAACAGCAGUCGGAGAUAGAAAAAAAAUUCAUCUGGAUUAUAC